AUGAUACCCUCUACUCGAAUUUGUAUAGCACCAAAUUGUUAGGCAUCAUCCCGAUUAAUUUAAUCUAUAAAAGAGCUUGAUUAUCAUAAAGGCCAUAGUUCCUCCAGUCUUGGAUAACUCACUAAGAAAUUAAAGGAUGUCAUACCUGAAUUUCCAAUCACUGCAAGUACUAAAUAAAUUAUUGAAUCUAAAUUUCAAAUCAUUUAGGAAUAUUUACAAAAGAAAUAAGAAAUAUAUUAGAAGUAUAAUUUCAAAAAUAUAUUUAAUAAAGAAAAUGUGAAAAAUAUGAAUUGAUUGAGGCAGCAUCAAAAUUUAUCAAUUCUGAAUACUCCUUAUUAAAUGAAAGAGCUAUAGAUUUAAUAGUCAAAGCAUUACCUAAUAACAUUUCUGAAACCCUAGAAUUACAAACAACUCAAUAUUGUGAAUUACAAAUUCAAAUUUAAAAAGAAUUAGAUGAUUUAUUUCUUUUAAUUAGUGCAGAUACAAAAUAAGAAUCUAUUUAACCAGUUCAAUAAGUUUAAUCACCAAAAAAGAAACUAUCCUAAAUUCAAACUGCAGCCAUACCAAUUGCAAUAACAGAGAAACCCUAAUUCAUUAAGAUGCCAUAAGCUUAUGAUUAACUUUCCAAAUUUGAAAUUCUCAAUCAAAAAGCAAAACAUUUAGAAGGAUGUAUAUCUAAAAUUUAAUACUAGAUCCUUCCUUUGUUAUGACUAACUAAUUACUUAAAGAGGGAAGUUAAAUUAGAUUUGAAAUUGUUAAAAUAUAAAGUGAUUAUGUAGGAAUAGGUAUAGGAGCGAUGGAGAGAGCAUCAAUUGAAAAAAAUGGUUUGAUUCUUACUGGAGAAUAACUUUAAACAUAAGGUCAUGGUGUAUAUAUGAAUUUUAAUGAUAAAUGUAUUUAUCAUAGUGAAAUUGAAAAUGGAGCAGUUUAAGGAAAAGAUAAAGGAAUUUCAUUUUAAGAUGGGGAUAAAAGUAUUAUAAAUUAUUAUUAUAGUUCUUUGCACUUAUUCAUAAGGACAAUUGACCUUUUAAAAUUUGAAAACAAACUCCUCAUAUUCAAUGAAAAUUAAUUUAACAGAUAUUAUAUUUAUUGUUUGGUUAGACUUGAGUGAAAUUAAAAUUAUUUGA